GACAGUUCUUCAAAUAUUGAAAAAUAGAUUUUUCUUUUUUAUAUAUUUUACAUCGUGUUUUGGUGUAUUUCUUGAAUUUUGAAUAAAAUUUUAACAAAAUGACAAAAUCUAAAAAAAAUAACCCAAAGCCAAAAGGUGAAGAAAAACCUGAUAAGGUUGUUAAAGAAAUCAAAAAAGAAAGUCCAAAGAAAAAAAAGGACAAAUUGAAAAAAGUAAAGGCUGCAAUUAAGACCGAUUUAGUAGAGAUUCCAGAACCAGCGCCAGUGCCAGCGACGGUAGCUGAACCAAGUGAAUUAAAAGUUAAAAAGAAGUCCAACAAAAAAUCAAAAUCCAAAAAGAAGAAUUUGAAAGAUGCACCAGAAGCAGGUGCCACCGAAAAAGUCGCUCAAGCCAAGGAAGACGAAGUCAAGGAUGACAAAACCAAAGUAAAAAAGAAGUCAAAGAAAAACAAAGCUAAGAAUGGCGAAGUAAAUAAGGAAAACCUUGAUACCACCCCACAGACUGAAGUCAAAGAGAAAAGCAAGGCUGGCAAAUCCAAAGCGGCUAAAAAGGAUGCUGUAGAAAAACCUGUAGAUCCCGUGAAACAAGCUAAGAAGGAGAAACGGAAGUUGAAGCAAAAAUCUAAAAAAGCCGAAGUAAAACAGACAACAGCUGCAUCGGCUCCAGGUCCCGGACAAACACUUUUCGUUGGCAACGUCCCAUCCAACACAAAACGUGUACAACUCUUCAAACUGUUCACUCCCUUUGGAAAGGUCCUCACCAUUCGAUUCCGUACCGCCAACGGAAAGGUUAUCUUCAAGCACAAAAUGCGUAGGGAGUCUGCGGCUUUGAAUGCCUAUGUUGUCUUCGAUAGCAGCGAAGCUGCUACCAAAGCAUUGGAACUCAAUGGAACUCCACUCAAAGGCCAAAUUCUGCGAGUUCAAAAGCCGGAAAGUUCAAAUGAAGCUUCAGAUCCGAAGAACACAGUUUUCGUUGGAAAUUUAAAGUACUCUGCUACCGAUGACAAACUCCAUCAGAUCUUCUCAAGCUGUGGCGAAAUCGAAUAUGUUCGAACUUUGCAGAGUAGUGACAAGAAAGGUUGCAUAGGAACCGCAUUUGUUUGUUUCAAAAGUCCCGAUGCAGUUGGCUUAGCUUUGGAACUCAAAGGCACCAUGCUCGAUGAACGACCAAUUCAUGUUGAGCGUUAUUCAGUCAAUAAGUUGGGAGCUAAGGAAAAACGAGAUGCCGACAGUAAGACUCUUGAGAAGGGCAAGCCAAAAGGAGGUAAACCUCUUGAGAGAGCCGCUUUCGAGUAUGGAAAAAAGACAAAUGCCUCAGGUAAAAAACAAAAGUUUGCUGGCAAAAAGCCUCAAGGUAAACACGCCGCCAAGCACGACAGCAAAUCUCCACAAGACGAAAAGAAGAAGAAAUCUGAAUACCGAGGUGUUAAGGCUGACAAAAUGAAGAAGAAACCCAAGAAGAAGAUUCCAAGCCAAAUGAAGAGAUUGGCCAAUAAAAUUGCACCCAAGGAGUAAUUUAAUUGAAUUCAAGGAUUAAUUUAACUUUAAGAAAAGUCUAUCAUGAAAUUUAAGCAUAAAACAAAAUGAAUAUAAAUAACAAAGAGGAUAUAAAAAAAGAGAGAACAUUUCUCUAACAAAAGAGAGUAAACAA